GCGUCGUUUGGGCGCUUGUCGCCUAGUCGAAACGUCUCUAACUCUCGUUGCCACAAGUGGAAAUUUCGUGUUGCAAGCAUCGAAGUCGUGUCCUACGGUACACAGGAUGUGGCUACCACAGCCACUGCUGCUGUCGCUUGUCGUGUGCACUGUGCUGCGCUCCACGAUUGGUUCGGCCAGCGGAGCGGCCUCACCCACCGGUGGUCAGCUGCGUCGCAUUUGGCUGCAGGAUCAUUGCACGGCGAACAUUUGCACGGGCGUCGAGAUUGGACGCAAUGAUUAUGUUAUUCUCUCGCAAGCACCCAUUGCCAAGCAGCUGAUGCUGACGUUCAUCAAUUCGAGCAUUGCCAAAAUACCGCAUCUAAUGUUUGACACGUUUCCCGACCUGCAGCUGCUGCGCAUGGAGAACUGCACGCUGGAGACUUUCGAGAAGCCGCAAUUCGAGGGCGCCAGCAAUUUGAUGAGCUUGUUUUUGGGUCAUAAUCGCCUUAAAGAUAUACCCAAGAAUAUUUUUCUUGGUGCCGACAAUCUGGCAACACUGCACUUGGAGAAUAAUCUGCUAAAGGUGCUGCAUAAUCACAGUUUUCAUGCGCUAAAGGAACUCAAGGACCUGUCGCUCGCUGACAAUCAGCUGGAACAGCUGCCCCUGGGCGUUUUUGCUGGGCUGCGUAAAUUGUUGGAUUUGAAUCUGGCGGGCAAUCGGCUAAGAGCGCUGCCACGCGGCAUUUUCGAUAAGAAUUUAAAUAUGACUCGCUUAAGUUUGGCGCGCAAUCUUCUUGCGACCUUUGAAUCGGAGAUACUAAAACUUCAGCCGCGCCUCACACUGCUAGACAUCUCCGGCAAUAUACUCCACGAACUCACGUUGAAUUUCUCGCUGCUGGAACAGGUGCUGGCCCACAGCUGCGACCUGCGCCGACUUACUGUGUAUGGUGUUAUAAGGGAGCUGGACUUGCACAAUAAUUCAUUGCGCGAGCUGCCGCACAUACCGCUGGCGAGCAAUGUGACCAGCUUGGACCUAUCGCAGAAUCCCUUGGGCAACUUGCAAGGGAAUCCUUUGCGUCGUUUUACAGCAUUGUUGCGCCUCAACUUGUCGGCUACCAACACACAUGAGCUGGCAGAGGGUCUCUUCAAGAAGCAAACGCAUUUGCAAAUGCUGGACAUAUCGGCGAAUACCAUCUACUCCCUGAAGAUCACGCUCUUCGACAGUUUGAAGGCGCUGCAAUAUUUCUACUUUCAGCAGAACAAUUGGAACUGCGAUUUUCUGCAGUUGCUCAUGAGUUCGUUUGUGAAGAAACGCGAUAUUUCGUUUAUGGAGGAUCUGACGGCACCCGAACUGGUGGAUGAUUAUGUCGAUGGCAUCGCUUGCUGGUAUGAGAGCGACAAAAUAUCCAAGAAGUGCGACGGAGCAAACUCGGAGGCCGCUCUGGAGCUAUCUAUAGUCCGGAAUGAGAUCAAAGCCUUUACCGAGCUGGUGGAUAAGAAAUUUGUCAGGGUCUAUCGCAUGUUGGAGGAAAUGAAACUCAAGCUGUAAAACGCUAGAGCUGAAAGAUAAUAUCUAUAAAAACAUUAACAAGACGCGCUUUUUAUUCCCAAGCGUGCGCAUAUCUAUUCAAUUACAUUAUGGAUAUAUUAUCUAUUUAAUAUCCUAUAUAUAAUCGUCUUUUAAGAAAUUAUAAUAAUUGACACAAGCAAGCCACUGACAAACAUUUAAAUAAGUGUACAUCUAAUAAUAAAGCGCAGUACUCUU